CUUCUUCUCCCAUCACCUUUACAAAGAAGAUAAAGAAGAGUGAACAUUAGCAGUAAAAAGAUGGGCUUCUGCGUAUCAUCUGCUUUUCUCCUAUCACUGAUGCUAAUAAUCUCUCCUUGCUUCGCAGUCCAGAGCUUUGACUACUUCUCCCUAGUUCUCAUGUGGCCUGGAGCUUACUGUGAGCAGACAAAUGCUGGUUGCUGCCUUCCGACGACCGGCGAGCCUGCCGGGGACUUCUUUAUCAAGGAUCUCAUACCCUAUAACUCUAAUGGAGAUUCCAUCACAAAGUGUCAGAACAUAAAUUUUGACUAUAAUCAGAUCUCAGGCUUGAGCCAUGAUCUGGAAACGUACUGGGCCAACAUCAAGUGCCCAAGCAACAAUGGAAGAUCCAACUGGCAAUACAAGUGGAAAAGAUACGGAGUCUGCUCUGGCUUGUCCCAACCAGACUACUUCAAAACAGGUCUGGAUCGCCUGCAAAAGGCAGACAUAGCCUUUCACCUCGUCAAGAAAGGAAUCCAUCCAGAUUACAACUUGUACAAGCUUGCUGAUAUAAAGAGUGCCAUAGCUGAAGGCAUCGGAGCUGAACCUGUAAUAAGAUGCAGCAGGGGUCCAUUCAAUAAGUUCCAGCUGUUUGAGGUGCACAUCUGCAUCGACAGUGAUGGCUCGACGAUCAUUGAAUGCCCCGCAAAGCCUAAGUUCACUUGCUCUGAUGAGAUACUCUUCCACCCCUUCAGGAGCUGGAUGCUUAAUGACACCACGAAAGCCUUUGAGACUAAUUCUAAUAUUCGAAUGCCCAUUGACAAGGAAUGAGAGCUAGAAGAGCAAUGGAGAUUAGUCGUAGAGCCUGCUUUUGAAUAAAGAAUGUACUUGUCCACAGAACACACGUUCUGAUGACAGUCUUUGGCUUGUAAUUUACUGUUUCUUUUUCUUCCAAGUUUGAAGGAAUAUAACCGCGUGUUAAAUUAUCCAAAAA